CACAAUCUCUCUCUCUCUCUCUCUCUCUCUAGCCUAUAUUAUUUUCGGAUCCACAUCUCAAAAUUACUCUUACUCUCUCUUCCUCACGAAGCUGAAAGAUAAACCCUAAGAUCGAAAUCACAAUCUCUCUCUCUAGCCAUGGAUCCGUUAUCGGUCCUGAAGGACUUCACAACCCGAGGAGACCUAGACAAAAUCGAACGGGUCGGAGCCAAUUACCGAUUCGGAUCGGGUUACUCCUUCCCCUGCGCGACGGAGACCGCCUACAGAUCCAAAGGAGGAACCCUCUACACUCUCGAAGCGUUAGUCCACUACGUGAAGAACCACCACCUCAAACUCGGAGAGUACAUGCAAUCCACCGUCAAAAACUCCGUCCCCGCCGUCACACUCCCAGAUCGAAAACCUCUCCUCGAUUACCUCACCGGAAGAGUCGCCUCCUCCGACUCAAUCGACUACCUCUUGCUCCAGCAACAGAACGCGCAGAGCCAGAAGCAGAACGAAGAGUACAGACCCGAUCAAGACAACUCUGCUUUCGUCUCCCGAGAAAGCAACGCCCUCGUAGAGGUCGAUGGUUACGCUAAAUCAGGCGAGGACGUUGAUUACAUUAUGCUGAUUCGGUCCAACGAGAGGCCGUUGAAGAGCCGAGACGCGAUUCUUGAGUGCAGGAACAGAGAUUUCUACAGUGUGUUGGUGAAUUCGACGAAGAGGGAGGAGGAGAGGCAGAGGAUUGAGUCUCAUCAGAGGAAAGACGGUUUAGUUGCAAAGAGUAGGUUGAUGGGUGCUGAGGAGAGAGGUAUUGUAGGGUUAGGUGAUGAUUCUGGUUAUGAGGCUAACCCUAAGUCUAAGCUUAGGAAGAUUGGGGAAGGUGUGCCGAUUAUUCUUGUGCCGAGUGCGUUUCAGACGCUGAUUACUAUUUACAAUGUGAAGGAGUUUCUUGAGGAUGGGGUUUAUAUACCGAAUGAUGUUAAGGCUAAGGAGAUGAAAGGGGUUAAGCCUGAUUGUAUUACGGUUCAGAAGAAGUUUAGUAGAGAUAGGGAGAGGGUUGUCACUGCUUAUGAGGUUAGGGAUAAGCCUUCUGCUUUGAAGCCUGAUGAUUGGGACCGUGUCGUUGCCGUUUUUGUUUUGGGGAAGGAUUGGCAGUUCAAGGAUUGGCCUUUCAAGGACCAUGUUGAGAUUUUCAACAAGAUUAUUGGGUUCUUCUUGCGGUUUGAAGAUGAUAGUAUUGAAUCAGCCAAGACGGUGAAGCAGUGGAAUGUGAAGAUUAUCUCGAUCAGUAAGAAUAAGCGGCAUCAAGACCGGGCAGCAGCAUUAGAAGUCUGGGAAAAACUUGAGGAGUUUGUUCGGUCUAGGUCACAUUCUUAGCAUCUAGCAGCUGUAGAAAGUCACUUUAUGUAUUUUCAUUCUUGUUUCUGAUUAUCUUUAUACCUUCUGUAACAUUAGCAAGAUAAACAUAGUGAGCAUGUUAUGCAAUGUGAUUGUUUUUUCUAUUAAUGGUGAGUUAAAUGGUUCAUCAGCUCUGUUUGAAGUGUAACUUGGCCUCUCUAAAUGUUGAUAUAUUUAUUAAUAAAUUUUUAUGUAUUAUUAUAUCAGAUUUUC